UUUUAAAAGGAAAACUCAAAACAAAUUAUUACCGUGGAUAAAAAGUCCAGCCGCCUGCCGCCCGCUGCUCUGUGCUCCCCCAGACGGCCAGACUAACCUGUAGUGUAGCUACUGCUCCCGUCGCCGUCCUCCCGGCCUCCGCAGUCCGCACUCGCGCUCCCGGUCGUGCGUGAGCCGGGGAGGUGCAAAUGCGACUGCCACCUUACCUUUUCGACGGCCAGGAGAACGAACGGAAGCGCGUUCUCUGAUGGCCCAGGCGGCGAGGAAAGCUGCCGCCGCCGCACUGCUCUCGCCGCCGCAGACUUUCUUCGUGUCUCCUUCCUCCGCUGUGCUCCUCCCGGAGGCCUGUGCGGCUAAAAAGGCCUUGUCUGAGGCACAUCGACAGCGCGUGCGCGGUUGUGUCCGGUCCUCCUGGGUAAAAGCCCGUGGCUUACACAACGCGCGCGGGGUGUUCGACAGAACGCCUACGCGGAACUUGCCCGCAUGGACGUCGAUCAUCUCCGGCUGCGCGCGUGAAGGCCGGCACGCGGACGGCAUGCGCGCGUUCACGGAGAUGCUGGACGGAUGCGGUGUGACCGCGCCGAAUGCCUUUGUGCUCGCAGGCGUCCUCCGGUGUUGCGCGGGGCUCGGCGACGUCGAGUCCGGCAGGCGCAUCCACGGGUGGAUUCUGCGGAGCGGCGUGUGUCCGGACGUGGUGCUCUGCAAUGCAGUUCUCGACAUGUAUGCCAAGUGCGGCGACCAUGGGCGCGCCAGGAGGGUGUUCGGGGCGAUGACCCAGAAGGACGCCACAUCCUGGAACAUUGUGAUCAGGGCGUGUCUGCAGGACGGCGACUUUGUGGGGGCGAUGCGGCUGUUUGAUGAAUCGUCGUUGAGGGAUGUUUCGAGCUGGAACACGAUCAUCAGUGGGCUUAUGAGGCAUGGGCGCACCACUGAGGCGUUGGAUUGCCUGCAGCAAAUGGUGAGAGCUGGAGUUGUGUUUAGUAACUACACUUACUCCAUGGCGUUUUCCUUGGCUGGCUUGCUUUUAUUGCUUGACCUAGGCCGGCAGCUCCAUGGUCGCGUGAUGGUGGCUGUCUUGGAGGAGGAUGUGUUUGUCCGCUGCUCUCUCAUUGACAUGUACUGCAAGUGUGGGGAAAUGGAGACUGCUCUGUCAAUCUUUGAUCGCUGGUCAGAGUUCACAGAUGACAUACAGUUUGCAUGGAGCGCGAUGGUCGCUGGGUAUAUCCAGAAUGGCAGGGAGGAGGAAGCUCUUGAGUUCUUCCGCAGGAUGCUGCGUGAAGGAGUUCCUGCUGGGCAGUUCAUCCUCACUAGUGUAGCUGCAGCCUGUGCAAAUGCAGGGAUGGUUGAGCAAGGCAGGCAAGUGCAUGGAUUUGUUGAGAAGCUGGGUCACAGAUUUGAUGCACCAUUGGCAUCUGCCAUCGUUGACAUGUAUUCAAAGUGUGGUAGCCUUGAAGAUGCUUGCAGGAUAUUUGAAAGUGCUCAGGACAAGAAUGUUGCUCUCUGGACUACUAUGUUGUGCUCCUAUGCAACACACGGGAAAGGAAGAAUGGCAUUAGAGACCUUCAGCAGAAUGAAGGCUGAAAAGAUCACACCAAAUGAGAUAACCCUCGUCUCUGUUCUUUCUGCUUGUAGCCAUAGUGGAUUGGUCAGCGAGGGAUACCACUACUUCAAUCUUAUGCAGAAAGAGUAUGGAAUUGUUCCAAGCACUGAGCACUACAAUUGCAUGGUUGAUCUUUACGGACGAGCUGGGCUACUUGACAAAGCAAAGAAUUUCAUUGAGGAAAACAAGAUCAGCCAUGAAGCUAUUGUUUGGAAGACUUUGCUGUCAGCUUGCCGACUUCACAAGCACAUUGAGUAUGCAAAAUUGGCAUCUGAAAAGUUGGUUCAACUAGAACAAUAUGAUGCUGGAUCAUAUGUUCUGAUGUCAAACAUGUAUGCCACCAACAGCAAAUGGCUCGACACUUUCAAGCUCAGAAGUUCAAUGAGGGAAAGGAGAGUCAGGAAGCAGCCAGGUCAAUCAUGGAUCCAUCUGAAAAAUACCGUGCAUAGAUUUGUUGCACUGGACAUGUCUCACCCGAGAUCGGCUGAAAUUUAUGCUUACGUGGAGAAGCUGAUGGAGAGGCUGAAGGAAAUGGGGUACGCAAGUAGAACUGAUCUUGUUGUACACGAUAUUGAGGAGGAACAGAGAGAAACAUCUCUGAAGUUCCACAGUGAGAAACUUGCUAUUGCAUUUGGGAUCAUCAGCACCCCUGUUGGGACGCCACUUCGGAUCUUCAAGAAUCUGCGUGUUUGUGAGGACUGCCAUGAGACAAUCAAGUUUAUAACCCGAGCCACAGAUCGGGAAAUUGUUGUUCGAGACUUGUAUCGGUUCCAUCAUUUCAAGGAUGGCCAAUGUUCUUGUGAGGAUUUCUGGUGAAAGGUUUUGCUUGAUAUUGGUUGACAAAGUGUAGGCUGUACUAUGUCUGCACUUGGAGAUAGCGGCUGACUAAUAGAGUAAGGUAUCUGGUUGACAAAUAGCGUAAACGCACAGUGUGGGAAGGAGCUAAUGUGCUGAAAAAUAACAGCAGCAAAAGAAAUUGAAGGGGAAAGAAAACAUCGACCCCUGCUCAGUUUUCAUGCCAUACAUUAUUCAGGGACGAUUAGCAGGACACUCAGUCAACCAUUGGUGGCGCAUGUUUGAGCACUACUCACCUGACAUGUGCGUUGUGGGAGUUCUAGGAAGCUGCAGAUCAUGAGAUGUACUAUGUGAACCAGGAGCUUACAGCUGAGGAUUUUCUUUAUGAUGACGAUUACGAGAUAGACCUCUCUGUGUCCAAUCUGGAUGUCCUUAAUAACCUGGAAGGGAUUGUUCAGCUGGAAUAUCCACAAUUCAACUUAUCGCAAGAGUUAGCCCCUAAUGCAUACCUUGGCAUGAGAAACUGUGAACAGAGUUUUGGGGUGUUUUCCUGCAAAUGGCAGAUCUUUUCAUUAGCCAUUCUGUAACAUUGCAGAACUUUUCGAGUGAGGUUUCCUAUCUUUUCAAUGUCAGAACAUAUAAUUAGCCAGGAGAACAUCUUUUUCUCUUCGAAUUAUAAUGCAAUCAGUUAAAACUUGCAGGAAUGCUCAACUAAGUCGGUAUCCAUCCCUUCAGAUUGGCGGCUGCUAUGAAAUUCACGAUAUUGAGGAUCUUGUCAGGGUUCCAUCAUUAUUCUUGAUGAGGCCCAGUAAGACUUCACUUCUAUGACUCUUUUUUCAGCUACCUAUUGAUUUCCUGGUACUUCAAUAGUUUCAUCAAGCAAACUAAAUUUCAAGACAAGGUGGGUGAUGAUGACGAACAAUUGCGCUGGAACUGCGCUGCGCCCUCAGUGCCACCCACCUAGUGCGGUGGCUUUACACACGAUUUAACAUCACUUGGUGGUGAAAUAUUAUGCCCUUCGUUUACCAAAGCUAACAAUACAAAACAAAUUGGCAGCACUUCGUAUAGAUGAGCAUCAUCCUCUGGGUUGAGAUAAGGAAUCUAGACAGUAUUUUGAAGGUAAGAUGCCUUGGAUAUCUAAAUCUUAUUGGAUCACAAACUUCAGGAUAGCAUUGCUGAAGAGUUGAUUGGACCAGUAAUUGAGCUCCCUCCUUGUAUACUAUUUUUUAGAGAGCAGGGCUGACUGAAAGCUAUAUUGACUGCACUAAGUUUGUUUAGAUAACCAAUCAGAAUUUUUGCAAUAUGGUUCUUGUUUGUAAAUGUUGUGUUCCCUUGAGAAAGACGAAUUUUAUAUAUGUAUAUAUCCACUACGGACUAUGGACAGCUCUGCGCUGCAGAGGACAUUCAAUUGGGCUGUACUGUACUAGGCAUUGGAACUAUAUAUGUGACAAUUAUAUUUGUCUGUGUGAAAAGUGUCAUAUGAA